UAAUCAUUUUCAUUGCUUAUUUGGACAAACAAUCCCCAACAUCCCCUAUAAAUACUUGACAUAGCUUCAGUCUCCACAUACACCUCAAACAAAUACCAAAGUGCAUUUUCUUAGCAUGAAGCUCUUGUGGAAAGCUCACAUGAGGGUACAAGUGAUUAGAUUGGUUUAUGCUCUCCUUUUGGUGAUUCUGCUGAGUUCAGAUGUAGCUGAGAGCAGAAAAUCCAAAACAGUCACCACAUCAUUUGUGUACAGUGCUAUAAACUGCAGAGCACAUAGUGCUUCAUUGACAGAUUUUGGUGGUAUUGGGGAUGGAAAGACAUCUAAUACAAAGGCCUUUCAAUCUGCAAUCAGUCACCUGAGUCAGUAUGCUUCUAAAGGAGGGGCUCAGUUGUAUGUUCCUGCUGGGAAAUGGCUUACUGGGAGCUUCAGUCUUACCAGCCACUUCACACUUUACCUCAACAAAGAUGCUGUUCUCCUUGCUUCUCAGAAUAUUAGUGAGUGGCCUGUGAUUGAACCACUCCCAUCCUACGGUAGAGGAAGAGACGCAGCAGCAGGAAGAUAUACUAGCCUCAUAUUUGGAACAAACCUCACUGAUGUUAUUGUCACAGGGGAUAAUGGCACCAUAGAUGGUCAGGGAGCAUUUUGGUGGCAGAAAUUUCACAAGAAAAAGUUGAAGUACACUCGCCCGUACCUGAUUGAGUUGAUGUUCUCAGACAGCAUUCAGAUCUCCAAUCUAACGCUUCUGAAUUCCCCAUCAUGGAAUGUCCAUCCUGUUUAUAGCAGCAAUAUUAUAAUUAAAGGCAUAACCAUUAUCGCUCCUGUCACAUCCCCUAACACUGAUGGCAUCAACCCAGAUUCUUGUACAAAUACCAGAAUUGAAGACUGCUACAUAGUUUCUGGGGAUGACUGUGUGGCAGUGAAGAGUGGGUGGGAUGAAUAUGGCAUAAAAUUUGGAUGGCCCACAAAACAACUAGUAAUCAGAAGGCUGACAUGCAUUUCCCCAUACAGUGCAACCAUUGCCUUGGGAAGUGAGAUGUCAGGUGGGAUCCAAGAUGUCAGAGCAGAGGACAUCACAGCCAUCCACACAGAAUCAGGCAUCAGAAUCAAGACAGCAGUAGGAAGAGGAGGGUAUGUGAAGGACAUAUAUGUCCAGAGAAUGACCAUGCACACAAUGAAAUGGGCAUUUUGGAUGACUGGGAACUAUGGCUCCCAUGCUGAUAAGAACUAUGAUCCUAAUGCCUUGCCUGAGAUCAAAGGCAUCAACUACAGAGACAUGGUAGCAGAUGAAGUGACCAUGGCUGGAAACUUGGAAGGAAUUUCUAAUGACCAGUUUACUGGAAUCUGCAUUGCCAAUGUGACAAUUAGUAUGGCAGCCAAGUCCAAGAAACAGCCUUGGACUUGCAGUGAUGUUGAAGGGAUCACAAGUGGGGUGACUCCUAAGCCAUGCAAUUUGUUGCCUGAUCAGGGGCCUGAGAAAAUCACGACAACAUGUGAAUUUCCCACUGAGACUCUUCCCAUUGAUAUGUUGGAACUUAAGAAAUGUACUUCUAGCAUUAAACUUCCAUGAGCCAUUUGUUAAGAUGUAUCCUGUAGCUUCUUAUUAACUGUUAAAUUGUUCUCCUGUUACCCAAAAAUCCUUGUUCAAGUUCAAAAAUGAAUUGUAUGGUAAAUUAUAGCAGUAA